UGCACCAGGUGCAGCAUGGGUGCUCUCUUCUCAUCUCCCUUGACCUCAUCAUUCCAGAUGAGGAGAUUGAGGCUCAAAAUGGCCACCAAGCAGUUUCUCGAAGAGAUUAACAAGUGGACUGUUCAGUACAACGUUUCCCCGCUCUCCUGGAAUGUGGCUGUCAAGUUCCUCAUGGCCAGGAAAUUUGAUGUGCUCCGGGCCAUUGAGCUGUUCCACUCUUACAGGGAGACACGAAGGAAGGAAGGCAUUGUGAAGCUGAAACCUCAUGAGGAACCUCUCCGUUCUGAGAUCCUGAGUGGGAAGUUCACCAUCCUGAACGUCCGGGAUCCCACAGGAGCCUCCAUCGCCCUCUUCACUGCCAGACUGCACAAUCCCCACAAGUCGGUCCAACACGUGGUCCUCCAGGCCCUGUUUUACUUGCUGGACAGGGCUGUUGAUAGUUUUGAGACACAGAGGAAUGGCCUGGUGUUCAUCUAUGACAUGUGUGGUUCUAAUUAUGCCAACUUUGAGCUGGAUCUUGGCAAGAAAGUCCUCAACCUGCUGAAGGGAGCAUUUCCAGCUCGCUUGAAAAAGGUGCUGAUUGUGGGUGCGCCCAUCUGGUUCCGAGUGCCCUACUCUAUCAUCAGUCUCCUCCUGAAGGACAAAGUGCGAGAGAGGAUUCAGAUAUUAAAGACAUCUGAGGUUACUCAGCACUUGCCCCGGGAGUGCCUUCCAGAAAACCUGGGUGGGUACGUCAGAAUCGACCUUGCCACGUGGAACUUCCAAUUCCUGCCCCAGGUGAACGGCCACCCAGAUCCCUUCGAUGAGAUCAUCCUGUCCUCCUUCCCUCCUGCCUUAGACUGGGACUCAGUACAUGUUCCAGGUCCACACGCCAUGACCAUCCACGAGCUGGUGGACUAUGUUAACACCAGGCAGAAGCGGGGGAUUUAUGAGGAGUACGAAGACAUUCGUAGGGAGAACCCUGUUGGCACUUUUCACUGUUCCAUGUCUCCAGGAAACCUGGAGAAGAAUCGCUAUGGGGAUGUCCCUUGCCUGGACCAAACUCGAGUGAAGCUGGCAAAACGAAGUGGCCACACUCAGACAGAUUACAUCAAUGCCAGCUUCAUGGAUGGCUACAAGCAGAAGAAUGCUUACAUCGGCACCCAGGGCCCCUUGGAAAACACCUAUCGUGACUUCUGGCUCAUGGUGUGGGAGCAGAAGGUCUUGGUGAUUGUCAUGACCACCCGCUUUGAGGAAGGUGGCAGGAGGAAGUGCGGCCAGUACUGGCCUUUAGAAAAGGAUACUCGGAUCAGAUUUGGCUUCCUCACAGUGACCAACCUGGGUGUGGAGAACAUGAACCAUUAUAAGAAAACAACGCUUGAAAUUCACAACACUGAGGAGCGGGAGAAACGUCAGGUGACACACUUCCAGUUCCUGAGCUGGCCAGACUAUGGUGUCCCUUCCUCAGCGGCUUCACUCAUUGACUUCCUAAGGGCCGUCAGGAACCAACAGAGCCUGGCUGUUAGCAGCAUGGGCACCCGCUCCAAGGGGCAGUGCCCUGAGCAGCCACCCAUCGUAGUCCACUGCAGUGCAGGCAUUGGCCGGACAGGUACCUUCUGCUCACUGGACAUCUGCUUGGCACAGCUGGAGGAGCUCGGCACCCUUAAUGUGUUCCAGACAGUGUCACGCAUGCGGACCCAGAGGGCUUUCAGCAUCCAGACCCCCGAGCAGUACUAUUUCUGCUACAAGGCCAUCCUGGAGUUUGCAGAAAAGGAGGGCAUGGUGCCCUCUGGCCAUAGCCUGCUGGCCAUGGAGGGUCAGUAACUGCCCCACAGUGUCCUGCCUGCUGGCCAACCUCCCUUAGAUCAUCCCGGACACCACUGAGCCUCUAGGUUGCCAUCGGUUCUGCCGAAGCCGUGAUCAGCCUCUUCUGUGGCUCCUGGCUCCUUUGUGCACUCAAGACAGCCUCUCCCUUCAGUCAGAUUGAUGUGGUGGAGUUGCCACUAAAAAGGGCCAGCAGUGAUGUGUUCUUGACUCCUACCACCUGCUAUCAAACUGUGCCUUAUUAAAACCAAAUUGUGGCUAUUGAUAAUUUGCCAGGGCCCUGAGGCAAGGGGUAGGGGUCUCCUCCCCCUCCCGAUGCCAUUCUUCUCCUGGAUGGAGGUCUCCUGACUUCUCACCUUCCCUUGCUAGGAUUUGGUGGGAGGGUUUGUGAGUGUCUACCUUCCUGCCCAGAGAGCUUGACCAAGUUACAUAUUCAAGAGAUUGCCUGAGUGCCAAGCACGUUUAUACAUAGGGCGUGUAGUCUGGUCUCCUCCAUCCUUCCACGUAUGUGUGUGUGUGCAUAUGUGCACUUCUGUGUCUGGGUCAAUAUGUAUGUGUGUAUAUAAUAUAUAUUGUAUGUGAUAAUAUGGUCGUAUUCUAUAAAUACAUAUACACACACAUCUCUCUGUAUAUGUUCCUGGGGCUCUCUAUUGCAGUUCAGUUUAUCUGGACUGGCUGGGGUGGGGACAUACACACCUGUCCUCCCUGCUCCUACCCAGGCCCUCAUCCUUAAGUGAUCACCUUCCCUCCAGAUUCUGCCCAUUGGAACCAAGAAUGCUGGUUUGUGCUGACAGUCGUGUAGUUCAGCAUUGGUGGUCCUUAUCUAACAGCUUUUCUCUGUUUAUUCUGCUGAUUUGGGGAACAGACCUCCACUGUGAUGCCAGGCCCUGCCUUUCCUGUCUCACCCUAGGGAUGGAGGAUGGGGUAGAGAUGAACUCACGGAACAGGCAGAGCCAAGAGCAAUCGGUACGAAAUCUCAGCAGGAAAGGAGGGGAGCAGGGGGAGGGAGAAACUCACCAUAGAAUCCCUCCCAGGGGACAAGCAGGCCCCCUUUCCUCCACUGGAGUUUCCUUUCCUAUUCCCUAUCUACUGAGACACCCCAUCUCUUCCUGUCUGCCAUCUGUCAGGUCCUAGAGCUCCGUCUGGGUGGGCUCUGUGCCAGUAUCAAGUGUAACACCCUGGCUGGGUGAGGUAAUCCCCUCAAUCACUGUCCCCUGUCCCCCAUCCUCAUGUGCAGGGAUGGAAUCGAGGGUCCCCAGCAUUCUGUAUUCCCUAGACCCCCAGACCUUUUCCCCCCACUAUAGAAGAUGAGGUUGGCAGCUGAUGAGACCUCAGUAAUUUUAUACUGUAAUAAGCUCUUUGAAUGUGUAUAUUCUUAUUUUUUACAAUCAUUUCAAUUUGUAUUUAACAUUGGACUGAGUCAGAUUCAGUAAUAAUUGUAAUGUUCAUAUUCAAUAUCUUAAUAGUGAUACAGUUUUGUAUUUACAUAUAAAUAUACCAUGAUAAAAU